AUGAGACCACCCCUCACUUCCAGAUGUUCGCUGGAUGACUACAUUCUCAAGACGCCAAACUACUAUCCCGAUGGAUUGAGGGCAACUGUUGACGCGUUUAUGAUGAAAUUUCCAGACAGGUCCUCAGUGGAUUUCCAGUGUGCUAUAGAAGUCUGCUCGAAGUUCGAUCAAAACUGCACUGCAAUCACGGUAAGCUAUGCUCUUUGCCUAUUGAAACUGUACCUCCCUUUCACUGUAUUUGAUUUCUGA